GGCGGAAGUGGGGCGCGCGGGGUACCUGGGCACCAUGAGUGAUAUCCGCCACUCGCUGCUGCGCCGCGACGCGCUGAGCGCCGCCAAGGAGGUGCUGUACCAUCUGGACAUCUACUUCAGCAGCCAGCUGCAGAGCGGGCCGCUGCCCAUCGUGGACAAGGGCCCUGUGGAGCUGCUGGAGGAGUUCGUGUUCCAGGUGCCCAAGGAGCGCGGCGCGCAGCCCAAGAGACUGAAUUCACUGCAGGAGCUUCAGCUUCUUGAAAUCAUGUGCAAUUAUUUCCAGGAGCAAACCAAGGACUCUGUGCGGCAGAUUAUUUUCUCAUCGCUUUUCAGUCCUCAGGGGAACAAAGCUGAUGACAGUAGAAUGAGCUUGUUGGGAAAGCUGGUCUCCAUGGCUGUGGCUGUGUGUCGAAUCCCGGUGUUGGAGUGUGCAGCCUCAUGGCUCCAGCGAACACCUGUGGUCUACUGUGUGCGGCUCGCCAGGGCCCUGGUGGAUGACUACUGCUGUUUGGUGCCAGGCUCUGUUCAGACCCUGAAGCAGAUAUUCAGCGCCAGCCCUCGCUUCUGCUGCCAGUUCAUAACAUCCGUCACUGCGCUGUAUGACCUGUCAUCAGAUGAUCUCAUCCCACCUUUGGAUUUACUUGAAAUGAUUGUCAGCUGGAUUUUUGAGGAUCCACGGUUGAUUCUUAUCACUUUUUUAAAUACUCCGAUUGCAGCCAAUCUCCCAAUAGGAUUUUUAGAGCUCACCCCACUCAUUGGAUUGAUCCGCUGGUGCGUGAAGGCCCCCCUGGCUUACAAAAGAAAGAAGAAGCCCUGUUUGUCGAAUGGCCACAUCAGUAAUAAGGUCACAAAGGACUCAGGUGUCGGGAUGGACAGAGACUCCCAUGUCUUGUACUCCAAACUCCACCUCAGUGUCCUGCAGGUUCUCAUGACACUACAGCUGCACUUGACUGAGAAGAAUCUGUAUGGGCGUCUGGGGCUGAUCCUGUUUGACCACAUGGUCCCGCUGGUAGAGGAGAUCAACAGACUUGCGGAUGAACUGAACCCCCUCAAUGCUUCCUCAGAGAUAGAGCUCUCGCUGGACCGGCUGGCACAGGCUUUGCAGGUAGCCAUGGCCUCAGGAGCCCUGCUGUGCACAAGAGAUGACCUGAGAACCCUGUGCUCCAGGCUGCCUCAUAACAACCUGCUCCAGCUAGUGAUCUCCGGCCCAGUGCAGCAGUCACCACACACAGCACUCCCCCCUGGAUUCUACCCUCACAUCCACACGCCCCCACUGGGCUAUGGGGCCGUACCAGCCCAUCCUGCUGCCCACCCCGCCCUGCCCACGCAUCCUGGGCACACCUUCAUCUCCAGUGUGACGUUUCCAUUCAGGCCAAUCCGCUAGGCCAGCCUGUAGUGAGCUGUCUCGCGGCCAUGUGCCUUCUGCACCCGGGUUGAGGGAACCUUCUGGAGAGAAGGGUGCUGGCCCCCCAGAAGAGGAGCAGGUGGCCCCUCCUGGCUGGCAGAAUCAUCUUCGUUUGAAGUUCCAAGUUGUCACAGUCCAGGUACCUGCCUGGUCACAUUCUUAAAAAUCCAGAUUGGAUGGAUGAAAGGAAAACACACAGCCCUCUGCAGGGUGCACUGCGAGUGUUUUUAAUAUGCUGGUUCUGCAGGCCCUGGCUCACCUGCCAUCAUUUAGACGAAUCCUCAGAGCCUGUGCCCAGAGGAGCACUGAGGAGAAGUGUGCGUCCGUCUGCUCGGCCUCUCCUAUGAAUGUGACAUGCCCCUGCCACAGUUACCGGCUCCUUUUGCAGCUCCGUGAGCUCAGAGUGCAAAUGGUGUGACCCAAGCUCAGGCAGCACCGGUCGCCGCUCACAGACAUCUGUCAGAGUUUCCUGUUACCUUGUAAAGGAACUUCUGUUUUAUCGGGCCUCUCUAAAUUUUCCUUUCAUAUGUUCAAAUAAAAUUUUUCUAAACAGUUUUAUAGACUUCAUGGGGGAAAAAAAUUUUUUUUCAGGAGUGGAGAUUGAACCUCACACCAAGCAAGUGCUGUGCCACUGAGCCACAGCCCAGCCUAGUGGGAUGUAUUUUAACAGUGUAAUAAAGUUGAACUGUGGGGUUUCCUCCCCCGUCAACAAUGAUUACAUUAAGAAAGUUGAAUGUAAGUUUUUAAUCUACUUUUGAAAGAAGCACUGUAGUGUCCCAACCCUGGCCCCCACCCAGCCUCUGGGCUCUGCUGUCACUUAGCUCUCUACCACUGUGUUGCUUCUAGUCCAUGU